UGGCCUCUGGAACAAACUCAACCAACGGGACCAACACAACACCAAACCUCAGCACCUCUUCUAACAACGCAACAACAUCUGCUGGAUUCAACACCACAUCUGUUCCCAGUGCCACCAACACCACCAGUACAUCUGUUUCUAGUGCCACCAACACCACCAGUACAUCUGUUUCCAGUGCCACCAACACCACCAGUACAUCUGUUCCCAGUGCCACCAACACCACCAGUACAUCUGUUCCCAGUGCCACCAACACCACCAGUACAUCUGUUCCCAGUGCCACCAACACCACCGCAGUGACGGCGAACCCAACGACCGCCUCACCGAAUGCCACGACCCCGCACAACAGCUCUUCAGCAAACAACACAACCUCUACAACCGCUUCGUCCGGUAACGGCACCAACACCAAUUCCUCCGCGACAUCCCCCCCUUCCACAGGGAGCAACGGAACGAGCACGUCCACGAGUACGACCCACAGCACAGCGGCGUCUGCGGCCGGCAGCGGUGCGGGGGUUCCUGGGUGGGGCAUAGCUCUGCUGGUCCUGGCGGCUGUGGUUCUGCUGCUGCUGCUCCUGCUGCUGAUCGGACUG